CUUUGUUCGAGGAGAGAGAGCUUAUCUUACCAGAAUCGAGCUGAAGUGAGUGGUGGUCUGUAAACUCGAGCUGUGAGAGUGCUGAGACUGUUUGGUUGAUAUCUCGAGUUAUACCAAUCCAAAUAAGGCGUGCGAGAUACCCACAGAAAGCUCUCAAGACGAGGAAUCCGUGAAGGUCUGGUUUGCAUCAAUCGGAGUAGUGGAAGGCUUUCAAAUCGUCCGAGCAAAACACAACCUCGCGGAAUACGUUUUUGUAUUCAAAGUUAGGGAACGAUUUCGUCGGGAAACACCCGUUCUAGGGACUGUUUUUGUGUCUUCGGUUAGGAGUUGAACUAGCACUUUGAAGAGGCUGUUUAACACUCAAUUCCAAGCAAGGAAUCAGUCCUCAAUCUUUCUUGGCCGAGGCUUUGGUCAUUGGAUCGAGAAGGAAAGUUUUAAAGCUCAUUUGAGUUUCAGGUAGGACUUGAAGGUUGCUACCGCCGCCGUUGCUUUGGGGAGGUUCAAGGAAGGAGACGUGGUUCGUGCUUCUUCCGUUCCUGUUUUGAAAACAUUUUUAAAUAAUGCUCAUGGAUACUAUUUGAAUAUUUAUUUGGGCUUGUAUGCCCGUGUUUGCCACGUGUGGCUUGGAUAUUUGAAUUAAUGUUUCCGCUGCUUGAUUAAAUAUUUUGCAUUAUGAUUGUUUAUGGAUGUACUAUUGUGAAUGAUAUUCAUGACGCCUAGUAUAGUAUGGAUGAGUUGGACUGCGGUUGACUAUUCGUACUGUACGGCGGGUUGUUGACGUGUCCGGUGGGUCCGGGGCGUGACAAUUUAAUUGGUAUCAGAGCCUUAGUCCGUAAACUUCAUAAUGAAGCUUCAAAAUCUCUUUUUGAAAAACGAAUUUGAAAACCAUGAGCAUAAAAGUUUUGUACUUAUAGAACUUUUGGUACUUGAGUUGCAAAGUCUCUAAUUGUUAAGAUGGUACCCUUAACAAUUGGUAUGGCGGUGAUUUGAGCCAAAAGAUAUCUUUAAGUACCUAUCCGUCACUUGACAUUUGAUACGAGCCUAAUGGCUCAUUCUAAACUUCUUUCAGAAAUGGAACGCACCGGUAGAGUGACUCGACGGAACCCGACUGGCCAGGUGCUGGGAGGAUCCCAACGUGGCAGUCAGGGGGGAUCAAGAGAGUCUGGGGGACAGGGCCGAGCAGGCCACUCGCUGACCGUGAGUGACGGUCACGUGGAAACAAUAGAUGAGCACUAUGAGUCCGAGGAGGAUUCAACUUACCAACCGGGAACUGAGCCGGUUGACACCCCAUAUGAUGGGGAACACGAUGAUGCUAGUGAUGAGAGUGAUGAUAAUGACGCUCUUGAACGGAUUGAGGAAUUGCUCCGGCAAUACCAACAAGAUCGCCAAAGGCGCCGGGCAAGGCGUGCUUUGGAAGGGGCUUCGAGGAGAGGAAGCCGCGCGACUCCUAGGGAGAGCAUUGAACUCCGAGGAGGUCGAGGUGCCGAGGUUCCUAUCAUAAGGAUCUCAAAGUACCUAAAGGAGGCAAGAGACUUGGGAUGUAAACCGUUUGAUGGAACGGGAGACAUCUCCGUGGCGGCCGAGUGGAUCAAGAGAUUCAAUGAAGCGGCCCUUGAUAUGCAGCUGCCACCCCAUAUGAAGAUGAGAGUGGCAACAAGAUUGCUAGAAGGAAUGGCGUCCACGUGGUGGGACGGUGUCAAAGGGAAGUACGGUGAGGCGGUCACUUGGGAGAACUUCAGGCAAGAAUUCUUUAGCCAAUACUACUCCGACUUCGAGGUGAACUUGAAGAGGAGGGAGUACACGAAUUUGACCCAAGGAGGGGAAUGCACGGUGAAGGAACUUGAACACAAGUUCAGAAAGCUUGCUGAGUUCAUACCGGAGUACAUUUGUGAUGAAAAUCGGAUGGUGAACCAUUUCUGGGAUGCCUUGGACCUUGACAUACGUGAGAGGGCAACACAAUUGCCUAAUAUGACAUUUAGUCAAGUGGUGGAACAAGGUUUAAAGGGAGAGAAGGAGUGGGAAGAGAGGAAGCGAAGAAAUGCCGAGGAGGCAAAGAAAAGAAAAUGGGAGAACCAUGGCCCCCAAGGUUCAAACAAGAAGAUGAAUCACGGGGGAGGAGGAUCCUUCAGGGCACCCGCACCACCAUCAAGGGGGAAUCCCAACAUGGGUGGGCAAAACUCGGGGUUACAAGCCUCGACGAAGCCUAAGUGCAGGAAUUGCAAGAGAAAUCACGAGGGCAAAUGUCGUGAUCCCCCACGGUGCUACCAAUGCGGAGAUACGGGGCACAUAAGGCCUAAUUGCCCUCAACUUGGUGGGAACCGGUCAUCAGGACCAAACGUGACAACCACGGUGAGUAGAAACCGGGGUGGGGCACCCAAUGCAAGCACGAACCACGGCGGGGCAAGUACAAGCAACGCACCCUCCGUGAACCAAGGAAGGACUCAAGCGAGAGUGUACGCAAUGACCGAGGUCGAUGCUCGGGCUAAUCCCGACUCCGUCGCAGGUAAUACACUUAUUCUGGUCAUUUCUAGGCUUACUUUGAUCAUAUACGUCGUUGGGAUUGAGUACGGGCCACCCCGGGGUCAAACCGGGUGAGUUAGGCCUAAUCGGGCUGGAAACAGCCACUGCUGGCCAGGCACGCCCGCAGGCACGCCGUGCCUGGCAUCGUGCCUGGAAGGCAGUGGCACCCGAAGAAAAGAAGAAAAAAAAAAAAAUUUUGGGCCAGGCACGGCCGCAGGCACGCCGUGCCUGGCGUCGUGCCUGGAAGGCAGUAUCGCCCGAAGAAAAUUUGGCCAGGCACGGCCGCAGGCACGCCGUGCCUGGCACCGUGCCUGGGAGGCAGUGGUGAGCAGGAAGAAUCCGAGGCACGCACGGCCGUGCGUGCCACCCAGGCACGCCGUGCGUAGGCCCCAGAACCCGAAAAUCGAAUUUUUUCCGCUCCGUUCUUCUACGUUUGGACCCCCGAUUGAUUCCAAACAUUAGUAUGAACCUAAUAACCUCCUAAUGAUGUGUAAAAACAUUAGAAAAGGUAUCCCACAUGGUGUAUAAAUGUAGGAACAUUAAAGAUCAAUGGUAGGUAUGCGAGGAUCCUCAUCGAUACCGGGGCACAACGCUCAUUUAUGAGUGAGGCGUUCGCCGAGGGCCUUGACGUGCCAUUGACACCUGUGAUGCAAACGUUGCUAGUCUCCACACCGUUAGGAGACGAUGUGGAGAGAAAUCAUUACUAUCCAUCAUGUGAGGUGGAAGUGACGGGUCAACCCUUGACGUGUGAUUUCGUACCGCUGAGUAUGAUGGAGUUCGAUGCAAUCCUAGGGAUGGAUUGGCUAGAAAAGCAUCAUGCUAGGGUAGAUUGCUACACAAAGGUCUUGGGACUCGAAGGCAAUGAUGGGGAUACCCUACGCUUCGAGGAGGACCGAGGCAAAUCAAACAGCUGUAUCAUAUCCGCUGUGAGAGCGAGAAAUAUGAUGAGAAAGGAAUGCCACGCUUAUCUAGCAUACGUGGUUGACAAGACCAAGGAGGAAACGAACAUCGACGACGUGAGGGUGGUUUGUAAGUACCCGAAUGUCUUCCCAAAGGACCUGUCGGGGCUUUCACCUGAUAGGGAGAUUGAAUUUGUGAUCGAGGUCGAGCCCGGCACCAAACCAAUCUCCAUACCGCCAUACCGUAUGGCGCCCGCUGAACUUAAUGAGUUGAAAACCCAAAUUGCAAGAGCUUUUGGAUAAUGGCUUCAUUAGACCAAGCCACUCCCCGUGGGGCGCACCGAUUCUUUUUGUGAAAAAGAAAGAUGGGACACUUCGAAUGUGCAUUGACUAUCGUUAACUGAACAAGGUCACAAUCAAGAAUAGGUAUCCUUUGCCUAGGAUUGAUGACUUGUUUGAUCAACUACGAGGAGCAACUGUGUUUUCAAAGAUUGACUUGAGGUCAGGGUACCAUCAAUCGAAGGUUAAGGAAGAUGACUUACCAAAGAGUGCUUUCCGCACAAGGUAUGGGCAUUUUGAGUUCCUUGUUAUGUCGUUUGGGUUAACAAACGCCCCAGCAGCAUUCAUGGACUUGAUGAACCGAGUAUUCCAUAAAUACUUGGAUCGAUUCGUGAUUGUGUUCAUAGAUGACAUUUUGAUUUACCCAAAGAGUAAGGAAGAGCAUGAAGAGCACUUGAUACUCGUUCUUGAGACACUACGGGAGAAGCAACUUUAUGCUAAAUUUUCUAAAUGUGAAUUUUGGCUAAAGGAAAUUGGCUUUCUCGGGCAUGUGGUUUCGGGAUCGGGAAUUGCUGUUGAUAAUAAGAAGAUAGGGGCCAUUACCGAAUGGGAGAGACCAAAGAACGUCAAGGAAAUUCGUGGUUUCCUUGGGUUAGCAGGCUACUACAGGAAGUUCGUGUAGAAAUUCUCCGUUUUGGCAUCACCAUUGACAAAGCUCACUCGUAAAGGAGCUAAGUUUGUAUGGGAUGACAAAUGUGAGAAAGGGUUCAUUGAACUAAAGAAGAGAUUGAUCGAGGCACCGGUACUUGCAUUACCCAAACAGGGUGUGGGGUACGAUGUCUAUAGCGAUGCGAGCAUCCAAGGGUUUGGGUGUGUGUUGAUGCAGGAGGGGAGAGUAAUUGCCUAUGCUUCACGACAGUUGAAGAAGCAUGAGGUAAAUUACCCUACCCAUGACCUGGAGCUGGGAGCAGUAGUGUUUGCACUAAAAAUUUGGAGACAUUAUCUCUACGGAGAGACAUGUCACAUAUAUAAUGAUCAUAAGAGCUUGCUUAGUGAAUUAGCAUCGUGACUAGAGGAAGCCUCGAGCACGAUGAAGAAUGACUGGAGGAAGCCUCCAGCAUUCGUGUAGGACGACUAGAGGAAGCCUCUAGCGUAACGUAAUGUGACUGGAGGAAGCCUCCAGCACAACGUAUGUAAGGUGAUUAGAGGAAGCCUCUAACACCAAUAGAAAAGUGAAGAAACUGAGGAGCAAAGAGGUCCCAAUGGUUAAAGUACUUUGGAAGAGCGAUCAGGUCGAAGGGAAGACAUGGGGAAGCAGAGGCUUUGAUGAGGAAGCAGUAUGCUUUCCUAUUCAAGUAGAGCUGUGAAUUUCGGGGACGAAAUUCCUGUUAAGGGGGGGUGAACUUGUGACACCGCACCCGAACGUCCUUGAAAAAUUCAAGUUAAAAAUUCAAAGUUUACGUAUUGAAUUUCUGAUUCCCAAACAAUUGUAAAUGAUUGAUGAUUUUACGUAAUUAAUGAUCGAUUAUUAUACCGUCCGAACUCGCAUAUUAGUGUCGGGCUUGUGAAUACUCAUUUGGGCCUUAUUAAUAAAUAAAAGAGCCUAACAUUAUCUAAGUAGCGAUACAUAACGUUUCAGGACAAGUUGAAGAAGGGCGGGCAGCCCAGAUAUUAUUUUGGGCUCAACCCGCUAAAAUAGCAAGUAUUCGAGGACGGCGUCGUAGGCCCACUCGGGGGCGACCCACACGGCUAGUAGCCCGAUAACAUGGAUAACAAAUGUCAAAAUAAGUGAUAGGAUGAUUUGAGAUGAAUACAAAUGCCUAUGAUCCCAUCUUUGACAUUAUUGAGCUAAAUAAUGGGAAUAUGAUUGUCCUUCUAUAAUGUCCAUCAUGUAAAUAAUUGGGAUGAGCCUACACAUAUUGGAGAUCAAUAAUGUGAUUUAGGAAGUUGACUUGUUCUAAAUAAAUUAGGAUGAGUACAAAAAGACAUCUUUUGACAAAGAUAAAACAAUAGGACCCAUUUUCCCCAUUUUUGGAAGUAUUGGUAGAUAGUUUGGAUCCCAAAAUGAUUGGGAUCAAUUGGGAACCACUCCACAUGAUAUUAGUACCUGCAAGACAAAUAAAAAUGGGUUAGGAAACUUACCUUGGCCGACCACCAUGGAGAGGAGCUGCACAAGACUUGAUAGGAAUCAAAUGUUGGGCCACCAUCCCUAUUUUCGCACAAAAUUGUGUGCUGGUUGUCUCCACUCAUUAUGGGAGUUGUACUCGACCAAAUGAGGUGUAUAAGGUGUCCUUGGAUAGCCUUUGAAGUCUAGUAUCUCAAUUGAGUGGUCUUUGUUCGAGGAGAGAGAGCUUAUCUUACCAGAAUCGAGCUGAAGUGAGUGGUGGUCUGUAAACUCGAGCUGUGAGAGUGCUGAGACUGUUUGGUUGAUAUCUCGAGUUAUACCAAUCCAAAUAAGGCGUGCGAGAUACCCACAGAAAGCUCUCAAGACGAGGAAUCCGUGAAGGUCUGGUUUGCAUCAAUCGGAGUAGUGGAAGGCUUUCAAAUCGUCCGAGCAAAACACAACCUCGCGGAAUACGUUUUUGUAUUCAAAGUUAGGGAACGAUUUCGUCGGGAAACACCCGUUCUAGGGACUGUUUUUGUGUCUUCGGUUAGGAGUUGAACUAGCACUUUGAAGAGGCUGUUUAACACUCAAUUCCAAGCAAGGAAUCAGUCCUCAAUCUUUCUUGGCCGAGGCUUUGGUCAUUGGAUCGAGAAGGAAAGUUUUAAAGCUCAUUUGAGUUUCAGGUAGGACUUGAAGGUUGCUACCGCCGCCGUUGCUUUGGGGAGGUUCAAGGAAGGAGACGUGGUUCGUGCUUCUUCCGUUCCUGUUUUGAAAACAUUUUUAAAUAAUGCUCAUGGAUACUAUUUGAAUAUUUAUUUGGGCUUGUAUGCCCGUGUUUGCCACGUGUGGCUUGGAUAUUUGAAUUAAUGUUUCCGCUGCUUGAUUAAAUAUUUUGCAUUAUGAUUGUUUAUGGAUGUACUAUUGUGAAUGAUAUUCAUGACGCCUAGUAUAGUAUGGAUGAGUUGGACUGCGGUUGACUAUUCGUACUGUACGGCGGGUUGUUGACGUGUCCGGUGGGUCCGGGGCGUGACAAAUUUGAAUAUCAGAUUGUUAAGGACAGAGAUUGAUCAAGGUGUUGGUCGGUGAUCAUGUUUACUUCUUGUUUUAGUUCAUAUAGUUGUGUUUUUGUGCUCAUUUAAUUCAAC